CUCUGAUUGUUGAAAAAAAAAAAAACAGGGAAGUAAUAGCCGGUAGGGUUUUGGGGAUUUCCCAAUUGAAUUUGAUCGUCAUCGGCUCAGUUGCUUACACUCUACUAACACGCUAGUAUGCUGCGAACACUCAGAUUAUGCUAUUCGCAAUCUUCCAGCAUAGUUGCUGCUUCCAGAAUCACAUUCUUUGUUCAAAAUCCGAUACUCCGCAAACACUUGAGCUUGGAAAUCUCAGAAAUCCAACCCAAUUUCACAAUCAAUUACCUCGUAAACUCAUGUGGGUUGUCCCCAAAAGGUGCGAUUUCAGCAUCCAAGUGGUUCGAGUUGCAAUCCCGAGAAAGAGCAGACUCCGUCUUGUCCUUCCUCAGAACCCAUGGAUUCUCCGAAAUCCAGAUCUCGAAGAUCCUCAGGUCAUGCACACAACUUCUCAACUCCAAUCCGGAGAAAACCCUUUUGCCAAAGCUUGAGUUUUUCAGGUCGAAUGGAGUUUCAAGGGAGGGCCUUGGAAAACUUCUGGCAAAUUAUCCGCGGAUUUUGAGUGUGAGCUUGGAGAAACAGAUUGUACCCACUUAUAACUUCCUUAGGAGUAUGAUUUCUGAGAAAAAUGCCGUUUCGGUUUUGAGCCGGGGCUCAUGGUUUAUCUAUUCGAAGAAUUUGGUGCCAAAUCUUGAGUUGUUGAGAGAAUCAGCUAUGCCCCCAUCCUGCAUUUCUCUGUUGCUUGCUCGUCAACCCACUGCUUUUGCGCUGAAGCCUAAACUGCUUGGUGAGGUUGUGGAUAGGGUUGUGCAAAUGGGUUUUAAUAUGCAAACAUCAACUUCUGUGCAUGCAAUGUGUGUAUUAUUAUUGCGCUUUAACGAUAGUAACUCGGUAUGGAAUCGAAGUUGCGAAGUUUAUAAGAGGUGGGGUUGGUCCGAGGAUGAUGUUCUCUCUGCUUUCAGACGGUACCCCUACUGUAUGAAUAAGUCGGAGACAAAAAUAGCGUCAGUAAUGGAUUUUUUAGUGAACAAGAUGGGAUGGCCGCAGAGAUCAAUUGUCAAAUACCCGACUGUCAUGGGUCUCAGUAUGGAGAGUAGAAUUAUACCAAGGUGUUCGGUCGUGAAAGUUUUGGUGUUGAAAGGAUUGAUAAAGGAAAUUGAAAAUGUGAGUUUGAGUUCGUUGUUGGCACCUGCGGAGAAGUGCUUCUUGGAUAAGUUUGUGUUCAGAUAUAUAGAUGAAGCACCUCAAUUGUUAAGCGUGUAUGAAGGAAAAGUGGAAAUCCAGGAUGUAUGAUGUUGGUAGGAGAUGCAGUACUGGUCAUUGUCAUUGGUAGCAGCUAGCUUUUGGCCCAGUGUUAGUGGAGGAGUUUGGAUUUGGGAUAAUGAUUCAAAUUAUGAAUAAGACUACAAAUAAUGUCGUGGAAAAUGACCUCAAGCCACAAUACUUGUGAACGGCUUCACUAGUUGACUUUGAAGUGUUUCCCCAUCUGUCUGGUGCUGUCACAAUCUACGUAUAGGCUGGCCAAGGUGCUGCAGGAAAGUGAACGAGGAAGAGAGCAAGAAAUUUUGCCUUACAAACACCAUUAGAACCAAGUGGAAGAAAGUAGAUGGUGGGCAGUUCCGUUAAAAGUUCAUGCUUAUUUUCUGGAUUACUGGUUGAAUAGGACUUGUAAAGCUAGAGAUAGUUCAUCAAACUAAACAUUGAGUCGUCUAUAGUUUAGUUUGAAUUGCGAAAUUGUGUUUCCAUCCCUGAAUUAAAAUUGCUGGAGGAAGGAAAAACAGGUUUUGGGCCACACUGUUUUGACAACUUGUGUUAAAUUUGAUGCAUAUUCAAAUUAUAUAUUUCCUUGGAAUUCCAUAGGAAGAUAA